UUUCCCUUACGUCAUUGUUGCGGAAGUGAAAAGUCUACGUGGGGAAGAAAGGUCGGUCGAACAAGUCCUCCUCUCCACCCCCCGUUAGGCAAAUGGACGCUUAGAGCAGCGUCCGUGGCGUAUAAAUGGGACAGAGAGCCGACGCCAGCCUGUAAUGCUGCGCCGGGUGCGGCAGUCUCUCCGGCAGGUGCUGUUUCGAAUGGCACGGAGACCGGGUCUACUGUGCGGGACUAUCGUGCUCGGCGUCCUGCUUGUACUGGCCGUCAAGUUCACAUGCAGCCGUGCUAAGAAUGUGGUGGCAGCAGCUCGGCCUUCGGUGCGGUUUUUCUCUGCCGAGGCCCCAGUAGUGGACCUCUACUUAGGUCAGCUGGACCAGGUGGAGCGUCUCAGGAGUAUGGCAGAGGUAUCUCUCAUCUUCUUCUAUGCACCGUGGUGUGCUCACUCGAUGGCUGCUCGGCAGGAAGUGCAGCAGGUGGCUAAGAAGCUGGCCAAACAGGUGCAGUUUGUGGCUGUUAACUGCUGGUGGAGUCAUGGGAAAUGCAGGAAGCAACACCGCUUCUAUCAGUACCCGAUCAUCCAUCUGUUUUAUAGAAGGUUUGGGCCUAUAGAGUACAAGGGUCCAUUUGUGGCUCCAUAUAUGGAAAGUUUUAUCCUCAGAGUCAUCACACCGCUCACUUACCUCCCAUCAAGAGCCACACUCGAAGAGUUCCUCUCUUAUCAUGAGCCUCGAGUGGUGGGCUUCUUCCAGUUUAACUCCUCUCCUCAGCCGCCGGGGUACAUAACAUAUUUGUCCUCUGCCCUGCAGGCCCUGAAAAGGGAUUUCCGUGGUGUUGUACGUUUCGGGGUUGUGACCAACAAACAGGUGGCAGAGGCCAUCUCACUAAAAGAAGAUGAAACAGUUUACCUUUACAGAAGAUUUAACUCCUCUUUGAUUUUCCCUCGAAGGGAACGCAACUUUACAUCAGAGGCCAUCUGUAGCUGGGUGUUUGAACACCACGAGACCAUCCUCCAGUGGCUGCAGCCUCCAGGAACAAAGUCCCGUCUCCUGGAACAUGAGCUGACUAAAGGUCCAGCACUACUGCUGUUCCUGCCGCACAAUCCACUCGGGUCCAAACUCAGCCCCAUACUACAGCAGGUUGCAGACAUUGCUGUGCGUUAUCAUUCUUGUGACAACAACCACUCCAGCUUGGACAAAAGUUUCACCUUCCACUCGCUGUGCUGCCAGUCAGUUCUUCUCCCAGAGUCUGAAAGUGUGUGUGAGGUGUGCCUCAGUUUGUUACAAUCGGGCCUAACCAGCUCCUCUGUACGCUGCUCGUUCCCGUCCACGGCUCAAGGAGGAGACGAGUUGCAGUCUUAUCUCAGAUACUGCUGCCUACACCAACUACCUGCCGUGCCCUUAAAAACCGCAACCUCAGUGGGCUGUAGCAACUUUCUGAACAGCUACAGCCCAUUCAGUCAAUACAGUGCCUGCUGCAGAAAAGAAUCUCAACUCAAUGAAUCACAAGCCAAAGAGGAGCUAGACAUGCAAAUACCUCCUCCUUCUUUCAUCCCUCCAUCCUCUGCCCCUCAGCAGGGAGGAGACGGCAUCACAGGGCUGUGGUGUCGGACUAACAGGACACUCAGGUUUUAUCUGCUUGAUGUCGCUCUGAACUGGCCUCUGGCGGUGAGGCUCGGGGCAAAUAGCAACAGAAAUGCUUCUCUUCACCAAGAGGCUGGUGCACAAGACGAUGGAUCGUUUGCAACUAUUGUGAACCUGAAGGAUGAGGUUCAUUAUGUUCUCCACCGCAGUCCAGCAGCCACGCUGACAGAGUCUCUGGAGGCCUUCAUCAGGAACUUCAGUGCUCCAUACAGCCUUUUGCAGAGGCACUUGGUGGGAGAAGAAGACCGGAAAGGAGGGGAGGAGGAAACCAGGCAUCCAGACAAACACCAGCGUUCACCUCCACGCCUCCUGAUCACAGAACUGACCACUUCCUCCUUCCUGCCGUCCGUCAUGGACCUUCAAAAGGAUGUGCUGGUCAUCUACUACACUCAGUGGUGUGGAUUUUGCUCUGUUCUCAACCACAUCAUCAUCCAGCUGGCCAGAUUAUUACAGGGGAACAGCACCAUCACUGUGGCCAGGGUGAAUGUUGCACGUAAUGAUCUUCCAUGGGAGUUCAUGGUGGAUCAUGUUCCCUCUAUUCUUCUCUUUCCCAAAUACAGAAAACAUUUCAGUGUGAAGUUUCCUGACGACCUGCCCAUCACGUUACCCAACCUCCUUCACUUCAUCCUGCAGCACUCUGGCUCUGUACAAUAUGCAGUGCCAGCUUCGAGCGAGGCGGAGGCUGUGGGCCCCAGUACCUUCCUCCGCGCAGAGUUUCUAGCACUCCAGCGAGAGGUCCAAGCGCUGCGUCACGCCCGCGAACGUCUCUCCCAACAGCUGGCGCAGCUGUGGCGCGACAACCGGCGGCUGACAUUCGACGCUCUCAGCUUAAAAGCCCAGAACGAAGGGCUGCAGAGAGAGAGGCAAAGCUUGGAGGAACAGCACCGGGAGAAGAGCCGGCAGCUCGGGGAGGCGGUGAGGCGGCUGCAGGAGCUGGCAGACGCCUCUGAAAACCUGCUGAAUGAGAACACACUGCUCUGGGUCCUGCUGAGGGCGCUGAAGGACAGGACAGAGGCUACAGAGCAGGCAGAGGCCUCAUGGCCUCCUGACCACAAGUCUGCAGGGAAUCCUGAGAGCGACACAGAGAAGAGGAGGAGAGAGGAAAGAGGGCCAGGAAACGGAGGUAGGACAGAAAUGGAUGAGAAAAAAAAGAAGAAGAUGUGAUUAGACCUGAGAUGUGGUGAAACAGGAGGGAUUUCUAAGCAAAAUGAAGCCUGAAUGAGGUCAUGGAAAAACCCUAGGGGCAACAUGACCUGAUAAUUUCUGUCAUGGAAAGAGAGCGAAUGAGGGUGAAAUGACAGCUAUGAUCUGUCAGAGGAAAAUCUAAGAUAACUGCUACGUCAGGAAAGAAAUAAGGAAACACUUAAAAGAAAAGAAAAAAGAUGGAUAGGUGGUAAUGGGGAAAUAGCAGUGUUUGUUUGAGACGGAAUACUCCAAACUGCUGUCAUGAUAGUGGGCUGAUCCACUCUUGGGAACACACUAGCAAGGGAAUUCAGUGCCAACUGUGCUUGCAAAAAAUGUCAUUUCUGUUGAAGAGUGAAGACGUAACCCUGAGUUAUGUUCAAUGUACUACACAGACCCUGCAGCCAAAUUCUAUACCUUCCCUAUAUUACUGUUGAAUUCUCAUACAAAAGCUAUUAUUCAAAAAAUAAUAAUAUUCCCACAAAAAAAAAAACACGUAGCUUACUACAAAAGCUCACAUGGUAAAGUAUAACGUACAUUUCCACAGAACUAAGUCAAUUAUGCUCACCACUCUGCAGCUCUGUUUCUCUUUUUUAACAGAAAUGUUUUCAUAAGAAAUUCCAGUUGUUCCUCCUUUGCCUUACUCCUGAUGUGAUGCUAAAACACUUCCCGAUGAUUUUUUCACAAUAAAAGCUUACAUAUGAAAGGAAGGGUGCUGAGGGAAGUUUCAUUCAUGCUAGCUUUUAGGGCUGCACGAUAUUAGGAAAAAAUCUAAUUGCGAUUAUUUUGACUGGUAUUGCGAUCGCGAUAUGAUUCACGAUAUCAGAGUGAAUGAUCCUUUUUGUAUCGUUAUUCUUAUUUUCAUUGAAAAAUCUUAAAAUAAUAAAAAAAAAAUUCAAUGAUUAUAGUGUGAUUUUCUUUUUUUUUUUUUUUGCGAGGAUCUGUACCAAAGAAAGAUGUUUUCUUUAGUCUGUAGGAUAGGAUUUGUAGGCGGGGACGUCUCUGCACCACCACAAUACUUAGUUCAGAAUGGUUUAACACACAUUUUGCCUUUAACAAAUAUUGCGCCCCCCUGCAAUUUGGAUAUUGCACUAGUCCAUAUUGCGAUUUUGCUUAAAUUGCGAAUUAAUUGUGCAGCCCUAGUAGCUUUGCAUCGUUCAGGGGUGAAAAAGGCAAACUGGAACGCCUGAUAUGACUCUGGCUGUACUGAGGGAAUUAAAACUGUGUAGGGCUGGGCGAUAUGGCCAAAAUCUUCUAUCCCGACAUACUGUAGGUUAUUUCAUAUUUUGAAAGCGAUUUAUAUAUCACGAUAUAGCAGGUUUUCUGAUAAUUCAAUAAAUAAAUAGGAAAUAUAAAAUAACCACGUGGUAAAGCCUAUUUUUGCAUACUCGUGUGAAUAAAAUACUUGACAAAUAAAAUAAAAAAAUUCUGAGUAUUUUUUUCAUUUUAUCAAGAAAUUUAGUGCAGAAUGAACAUAACAUGCAAGGAUCAGAACGUAAAGCGUCGUCCAAGUGACGUAAAUAUUGCCCUAUUGAUGCAGUUCGGCUGCUGGUUUUUCGAACAUCCCGAUAGAAAUGAUCUAGAUAAGAGAACAGUUUAUCAGGACAAAAGGUAAACAUGGAGGAAGUUAACUGGAGAGCAGGGAAUAUUAGAAAUAAAGGCCUUGUUCUCUGAGGUCAAUAUGAAUGCCACUAUUAUGCUGCUACGAGCCGAGAGACAACGAUGUUUUCCCAACAGACCUUUGCUUAUAAAUCGAUGAUGACUCCGGGUUAGUAGGAUUUGGCUGCAGGGAGAGAGGGCUACUAAUGAAGCUGAGACUUAUUUAAUACUGGAGAAGUGGCACCUGCUCACCGACCUAAAGGAGAGCCGGAGAGCACUUGAAAUAAUUAGCUAAAACUUUUUUUGAAGGUGAUAUUGUUCUUUUGUUAAACUGAUCUAUUUUUACAGGAAUCCUAGAGUCACUCGAAUAUUUCUAUGUAACUAUUCAGGUAUUAAGAAUGAGAUGCUGCAAUUGUUUACAUGUGAGAUAUUGCACCUGUUUUUACUGAUUAAAAAUCUUUCAUCUUA